GCGAGAGCCUGGCGGCGAUAUAAAGGGGGCUGCGGGAGAAGCGGCGGCCCCUUCGCGUCGCGCAGGGUCGGGGACGGCGCGGCGGUGCCAGGCCGGGCGUGGGCGAGAGCGCGAGCGGGCUGCCUGCGGGCUGAGUGCGACCGGCCGCCACCAUGGGCGAUCACGCUUUGAGCUUCCUGAAGGACUUCCUGGCCGGAGGCGUCGCCGCUGCCGUCUCCAAGACCGCGGUCGCCCCCAUCGAGAGGGUCAAACUGCUGCUGCAGGUCCAGCAUGCCAGCAAACAGAUCAGCGCUGAGAAGCAGUACAAAGGGAUCAUUGAUUGCGUGGUGAGAAUCCCCAAGGAGCAGGGCUUUCUCUCUUUCUGGAGGGGUAACCUGGCCAACGUGAUCCGUUACUUCCCCACCCAAGCUCUCAACUUCGCCUUCAAGGACAAGUACAAGCAGCUCUUCCUAGGGGGUGUGGAUCGGCACAAGCAGUUCUGGCGCUACUUUGCUGGUAACCUGGCGUCCGGCGGGGCCGCUGGGGCCACCUCCCUUUGCUUUGUCUACCCGCUGGACUUUGCUAGGACCAGGUUGGCUGCCGACGUGGGCAAGGGCGCCGCCCAGCGUGAGUUCCACGGUCUGGGCGACUGUAUCAUCAAGAUCUUCAAGUCUGAUGGCCUGAGAGGUCUCUACCAGGGUUUCAACGUCUCUGUCCAAGGCAUCAUUAUCUAUAGAGCUGCCUACUUCGGAGUCUAUGAUACUGCCAAGGGCAUGCUGCCUGACCCCAAGAAUGUGCACAUUUUUGUGAGCUGGAUGAUUGCCCAGAGUGUGACGGCGGUCGCAGGGCUGGUGUCCUACCCCUUUGACACUGUUCGUCGUAGGAUGAUGAUGCAGUCCGGCCGGAAAGGGGCGGACAUUAUGUACACGGGGACAAUUGACUGCUGGAGGAAGAUUGCAAAAGAUGAAGGAGCCAAGGCCUUCUUCAAAGGUGCCUGGUCCAAUGUGUUGAGAGGCAUGGGCGGUGCUUUUGUAUUGGUCUUGUAUGAUGAGAUCAAAAAAUAUGUCUAAUAUAUUUCAACACAAGUUCACAGAUCCAUUGUGUGGUUUAAUAGACUAUCCCUAGGGGAAGUAAAAAGAUCUGGGAUAAAACCGGACUGAGAGGAAUACCUCAGAAAGGAUGCUUCAUUGAAUGUUCAUUAAACCACAAAUGUAUUUUGUAUUUAUUUUACAUUUAAAUUCCCACAGCAAAUAGAAAAUAAUUUAUCAUACUUGUACAGUUAACUGAAGAACUGAUCAUGAAGAAAUAACUGAAUGUAAAACAUCAAUAAAGACCACUUAAUGCACGGUUUCUAUUU